GUAUUUGUCUGUUAACAAAGCAGCGCAGUCGCUGCCACUUUUAACAACAGCAGAGCUUUUGACAUUGAUCGUUGCCACUUUACGGACAGCUGAUGAUAACAGCAGAAAGCUCAAUAACAAUAACAACACCACAACCACAAAGUGUAUCAGCCACACACACACACCUUAUCAAGCUACAAAAGCAAACUACAAAUCAGCUGUCUCUGAAACAAUUUUGUUUUUAAUUUGUUUUUGUUUUUAGACCUCUCGAAUUGCGCGAUAAAAAGCAGAGUAAAUGUUUUUUAGCACCGCUAGAUAAAAAGCCCAGCGAGCAGUUAACACUUGGAAAUGGAGAGCUUGCAGGUAAACACAAGUACCGGCCCCGUGCUCGGAAAACUCUGUACGGCAGUUUAUGGCGAUGAGUAUGUCAGCUUCGAGAGGAUUCCGUAUGCGCAGCCGCCGGUUGGUCGCCUCCGGUUCGUGGCCCCCGUGCCCGUGGAGCCCUGGUCCAAGCCGCUGGACUGCACCCAGAAGGGCGAGAAGCCGCUGCAGUUCAACCACUACACCAAGCAGCUGGAAGGAGUCGAGGACUGCCUGUACCUGAAUGUGUACGCCAAGGAGCUCAAUUCAGCGAGUCCGCUUCCAUUGAUUGUUUUCUUCUUCGGCGGUGGCUUUGAGAAGGGUGAUCCCACCAAGGAUCUGCACAGUCCGGAUUACUUUAUGAUGCGCAAUGUGGUGGUGGUUACGGUUUCCUAUCGCGUUGGCCCCCUGGGCUUCCUGAGCCUGAACGAUCCCGCUGUCGGCGUGCCCGGAAAUGCUGGCCUCAAGGAUCAACUGCUGGCGCUGAAAUGGAUCAAGGAGAAUGCCCUCAACUUCAAUGCGGAUCCCAAAAACAUCACCGCUUUCGGGGAGAGUGCUGGAGCUGCCUCCGUGGAUUAUCUGAUGCUGAACCCCAAUGCAGAGGGUCUGUUCCACAAGGCCAUCUUGCAGUCGGGCAAUGUGCUCUGCUCCUGGUCUCUGUGUCCGAUCCAAAAGCUACCCCAUCGACUGGCCGGCCAUUUGGGACUGGAAAAUGCGGAGCACUUGACCGAUGCCAUGGUUCUUGACUUUCUGCAGAGCCUGCCGGGUGAGAAGCUCGUGACGCCUUAUCUGCUCAGUCAGGAGGAGCAUUUGGACGACUGUGUCUUCCAGUUUGGACCGAUGGUGGAGCCGUAUAAGACCGAGCACUGCGUGCUGCCCAAACAGCCAAAGGAUCUGCUGAGCCAGGCCUGGGGCAACAAGAUUCCGGUGCUGAUGAGCGGCACCUCGUUCGAGGGACUCCUGAUGUACGCCCGGGUCCAUAUGGCGCCGUACCUGUUGACGAGCUUGAAGAAGGAGCCGGAGCACAUGCUACCUCUUGAUGUGAAGCGAAAUUUGCCCCAGGCCUUGGCUCGAAACCUGGGCGAGCGGCUUCAGGAGACGCACUUUGGGAACAGCGAUCUGUCCUCUAUGUCGCCAGAGUCAAUUCUGGCCUACUGCGAGUACGCCAGCUACAAGGUCUUUUGGCAUCCCAUCCUAAGAUCCCUGAAGUCCAGACUUCACAACUCCCGGGCACCUACUUACCUGUACCGCUUCGACUUCGACUCGGCCACGUUCAACCACCAGCGCCUGAAGUACUGCGGGGAUAAGUUGCGAGGCGUGGCCCACGUAGACGAUCACUCGUAUCUUUGGUACGGGACAUUCUCCUGGAAGCUGGACAGGCACACGCCCGAGUUCCUCACCAUCCAACGGAUGAUCGACAUUGUGACCAGCUUCGCCAUCACAUCGAAUCCGAACUGCAAGCUAAUCAAGGAGCAGCUGCCACAGAACAAGGAGUGGAAGCCCCUGGACAGCAACUCGCCUCUGGAGUGCCUGAACGUCUCGGAUAGCCUCAAGCUGAUGGAGCUGCCGGAGCUCCAGAAACUAAGGGUGUGGGAGAGUGUUUGCGAGUCUUCGGCCUAGUCGAGAGUACAAAAUGCCAAUAUAGUUCAAAUUUAAGUGUAUCAAAAUUUACAAAAAUUAAAAUAAAUAGUUUUAUUUUCAAUUGAUUUUAUUUACCUUGAUUGUAAAGCGUAGUAUUUGUAAAAGUGUAGAGUAUUAUAGGAUAUGUUAAUAAUGCCUGGCAGUAGCCUUUAUAAAAUGUAAAAUCUGAUAUGAUUUGUUUUGUUAUUAUAUUUAAUCUUUAAAUUACUUUCGAGCGCACAGGGGAGAACCCAAACUAUAUAAAAUUGUAACAACUGGAAACACGAAUAGUGCUUAACCUCUGUGGGGAACUGAAGUUAAAAUAUUUCACAAAAAUAUACUGUACAUUUUCGCUCCUGA